AUGACGGCAAUCCCGCAGGGGGCGAUUCAGGGCUACAAGGCCGUGAAAUCCGACAGCGAGCAGGCGCUGAAGGAGGCGCUCGUCAACGUCGGGCCCGUCGCGGUGGGGAUCAGCGCCUCGGGGGACGAGAUACGCUUCUACAAGAGCGGGGUGCUGACGGCGCCGUGCUCGGACACGCUAGACCACGCGGUCUUGGUGGUGGGCUACGGCUUCCAGGAUCCGAACCCUUACUGGAAGCUGAAGAAUUCCUGGGGGACCGAUUGGGGGGAGGACGGCUUCUUCCGUCUCGUGCGCGGCCUGUCGGGGUCAGGAGACGGUGCGGGCUGA